AUGGGAAAACGCAUCUUGCUGCUCCUGCUGGGCCUCUCCUUGCUGGCAAGCUCCCUGCAAGCUUUGACAUGUUUCAGGUGUGUUAGGUUCAAUUCUGAUGGGAUCUGUGUGAAAGGUGAAGGUUGCUGUAAGGCUAAACCUGGUGAGAAGUGUGCAUCACUACAAACCAUUUCAGGUGGCCAACUCCAGUUUGGAAGCCAGAGAUGUGCUGACCUUUGCUUCAGUGGGACUGUUGUGAAUGGAGAUAAGAUAAUAAAAAUGAAUUGUUGUGAUGACAAAUCUUACUGCAAUAAAGUCUAA